CUUCCAGUCUCAUCACUUCUGACGUCUGACAGCAGCUUGGUACCUGACAGGAAAUUACCUUCUACCCUAAAGGAUCUAAACCAGGAAGCAAACAACAGACAGAGAUGGGAAAGCUCCUUUUUGCCGUUGUUGUGGCCAUUUCUUCCUUUGCUUUAGUGGAGUCAUUGAUCUGCAACAAAUGCUCCGUUAGCGUGUUUGGCAUCUGCUUGAACGCCAAUAAUGUGACCUGUGGCACCAACGAAACCGUCUGCUACACUGGAAAAGCAAGUUUUCCUACCAUCACAAGCUUUGGUGGCUUCAGCAACCAGGGUUGCAGUGUAAACGAUGAUACCUGUAACAAAACCACGUCGGCAACUCUGCUGGGCGUCACCUACAACACCACGAUCGCCUGCUGCAGUUCGGACCGGUGCAACCCCGUCACGCUGAGCGGCGCCCCGACCACCAAGAUGUCAGCCGCCAUCACCGGAGCAGUCCUGGUCUCUGUCCUGGGAAGCAUGUUGUAAUCAGAUUACAACUUGCUAUUAGCUACAUGUAGCUUCUCAAGCUAAGCCCCUAUCAAAUGUAAAUCUACAAGCAAUAAACCGACUGAUUCAUAAGUUCAGUCUAUGUUCUCGUCAGAUCAAGGAAGUUGAUCAAUGGGAUCAUUGAGAUUGUAAAUUUUUAAUGAUGCCGGAUUGUUAUGUUUAAUCAAAACGUACUUAUUUUUCUAUUCUAUCUAAUAAAGUAAAUCUCUACAUAAAUACUUAAA